AAAGUAUUUCCUUGAAGUCGCUCUCACUUCCGAAUUUCCCAAACUUUCAACAGAGAGAGGGAGAGAGAGAGGAGAAACUAGGGUUCGGUCGUUUAGGGGAGACUGAGAGAGAGAGAGAGAGAGAGAGAGAGAGAGAGAGGAGGGAGAAUGAGUCGUCGGGAGUGUAAAGUGUGCAAUGAAGCUGCAUCCAAGUACAAGUGCCCCUCUUGCCUUAUUCCAUAUUGUUCUCUUGUCUGUUUCAAGAAACAUAAAGAAAUUCCAUGUGUUAAGCCGGUAUCUCCUGAGGUAAAAACAAAUGAAGAUUCACAGUUGCUUGUAGAAAGACCAUACCUUGUGGAUGAACCAAGUGAGGUACUGCAAAAGCUGCAACUAGAGUCUAUAGCUUCUUCCAGUGAAAUCCGUGAUGCUUUGAAGGAUCAAGAUCUUCAGGAACUCAUCAACAAGAUUGAUCAAUCCCCAGAUGCCGAGAACGAACUCGAGAAAGCUAUGGGAAUUGAGGCAUUCAGCAUCUUCACUGAUAAGAUUUUAUCUGCUAUUAGCCGAUGACAGCGAGCCGUUGUAGGUUAAAGAUGUUUCUUGCACCCAACCUACUCUUUUCUGUGGAGAAACCUUUUUGUACUGCUGCACUGGCUUCUUGGACUUCAAUAUGGCUGUUCCCAAGUCAUGGUAUCAUAAGUGGGACAAUUGUGCUGCAGUCUUUGACCUGCUUAAAAAGCAUAGUCAUUCAAUUAAAAUGUUUUGACAAUCUUAAUAUAAGAUAAAUUCGUGUGACAGAAGGCAAGUGAAUAUAGAUUAGUAGAGCUAAAAAACCUCAGCCAUGUAUCCUUUUCUAAACUCUUGUUUCCACUGUUAUGUGGGAUUGUCAUGUUAUGUGGGAUUAGAGAAUGAGAAUGAAUAUUUUGUUUCUAUUUUUAUUUCUUUUUGAAUAAGAAUGAGUUUGA